CUCGCACUCACGGUUGUGAUUACCGACUGAUCCAUCAUCUUAAAAAGAUUUCCUCAAGUUUUACGCUCCCGCGCUCACUUUUUGUUAUUUAUUCUUGUCUCCUCAGAUCCGUAACGAAGCAGAAGCCACGAAGAGUCAAUUCUUUUCGCUGACGACCGAGAGCUCUCGUGCAAAGAUAAAAGACCCUCGGCGACUGUAACUGCCUUCACGACUGGAGAAUCCGACUUUUUUAAGCAGUGGGCGCACAAGAGGCUCUCCGGGAUUUCGAAAAAUGCGCGAAACAGGCUCACACCAGUAAUGAUCACAACAUAGGAAAUCGUCGUGAACAAACGAAUUAAGAAACGCCGAGCCUGUACAUUUAAAAAAAAUUUUCAUUUUAAAUAAAUUCUAUGCUGAUCAUUCUACUGAGAUAUUCGUGAAACAAAAAUGACUCAAAUACAGAAAAAUGUGAUCGGAGUCUGAACACACGAUAGAAUAUUUGCCAGUCGGUUCUGCGUUAUGUGCCUCAAUUUAACGUCAGCACCGAAAAUUUCUUAUCUUUUUCAGUAGUUUUCUCUCGCAUUUCAAACACUUUUUCAUACACACUUAUGAAAAGAUCACGAAUAUUGGCUGUACAGAUCGAUGUCGAGUCAGUCUUCACUCAGGAACGAGGAAAAGAGUUUCGCCAGAAUGCUGAAACCGUCGGUUAUUCUUUUUGGCGCUGUCAUUUUAUUUGCCGUGGUAGCCAAGGACACGGUUGCUAGUCCGACAGGGUGCGAAAUCAUUACAGUCAAUAGUCACGUCAACUCAUUGAUUAGGCGCAUCGAUGAAAAGAACAAGACCGUCGCUGAUGCAAUCGUGAAAAAACUUCUAUUGGAAAACGAAAUCGAAAUUCUAAUGGUUACUCUUGAUGUUAACGCAUCGCAUGUAACACAAAAUACUGCGCAUGAAAUUGUUAAAAUUUUCGAAAACGCAAAAACCACUUACAACGAAGCAGAGUGUAUGAAGUACUACAAUAAACUGGAAGAAAAUGAAGAUACCCCUAGAAAGAAUGUACAAGAUCGUAUAAUGUACGGUAUGAGGGGAAUGGUAGGCCGGCUUAUAGGGGUGUAUCAGGCCGCAGAUGGCGCGCUAAAGGACCUUCAUAACCUCAAACUUCGGGCACGUUCGUGUCGUGGAUAUUCAUGCUGCAGCAUCCGUAACGACGCAGAUGCCAUAUUGAGGACAUUCCUUUCGAAGUUCAAUGGACUUUCCUGCGCAGAUAAAACGCCGAAGGAUUUUGCACUCCGAACUAUACAAAAUGAAUUCGAAGCUUUCGAGAAAUUGGCACGAGAAGUUGUCCGAAAUACUACCGCAUGCGUGCGUCAUGGACAGGAGUGAGGCACGAACGUCGCAUCACGAGCUACGUUUAUUUCGAAACAAAGCAAGCUCGAGUUAGAUUCGUUUAUUGUCAAAUUUUCAACCCUCUAAUAAAAAAAAAUAAAAAAAUAAAAAAAAUGGAGAAAUAACAAGGCACUAAUUAUAUUUUACCGUUGAAUUUCACCAAAUUGAGUCUUCGAAAAAGUGACACUUUUAUCUCAAGCCCAAAGUUAGUUCAGCUGUAUACGAACAGCUAUUUUCAAGGCAUACAGCAUGAAACGGUACAAAAACAUGGUCGGGUGAGCGAUGAAUUGUUCGAUCCGUGUAUAUCGGAUGAAACGCUAUUCGUUAUUUUUUGCUCAAUAGCGAGAAAUUCAGAAAAGGAAAGCGAGUCUGUAAGAUUCUGUAGCCCGGGAAAAUUCAACAUUAUUGACAUCUCUCAUUAAAUACAUGAAAUGUUUGGCGUUCGGUUCUGCGUUAUACACGCCUCAAUUUAACGUCAACGCCGAAAAUUUCUUACCUCUGUCAAUAGUU